AUGGGCGACAGCCUCUUCCAGCUGUGGAAGAAGAAGCGCGGGGUGCUCACCCCCGACCGCCUGAGCCUGUUCCCCGCCGGCGCCGGCGCGCGCCCCAAGGAGCUGCGCUUCCACUCCAUCCUCAAGGUGGACUGCGUGGAGCGCACGGGCAAGUACGUCUACUUCACCAUCGUCACCACCGACCGCAAGGAGAUCGACUUCCGCUGCGCGGGCGAGAGCUGCUGGAGCGCGGCCAUCACGAUCCACACACUGGAUGAGUCGGACCGGACGCGGGGCCUCGCUGGCAGGAGCCCAGCGGGUGCCCGGGAUGUUGGGACCCCACCCCCUGCCCACCGCGAGGACAUAGGGCGGAGCCGUGUUCCUGCGGCGCAGCGGGGGGCCUUUCCCGAGCCCCGCGCCGCUGCGCGGGCGCCUUAA